CUCGUUAAUCAGCCAACUCCAGUAGCUGGAAGUGUUUUUAAUAAUUUGCCUUUGUUAAAUUUACGUGAUUACGGAGCAAACGGGCAAUGUCUCGCUUGCUGAACUGCAUCGUUGCAGUUUGUCCAGAUAUGGGAAUCGGGAAUAAUGGAAAUCUUCCAUGGCACCCGAAAAGACUCAGUGAUGAAAUGAAAUAUUUCCAGAAGAUGACAAUGACACCUACGGUGGAAGGUAUAAAAAACAGGAUGCAGAAUGUUGUGAUUAUGGGAAGGAAGACCUGGUUCUCCAUUCCCGCUCAGAACAGACCCUUAAAGGACCGGAUCAACAUUGUGCUCAGCAGGCAAAUGAAGGAGCCCCCAGCAGGAGCACACUACCUGGCCUCUGACCUGAGGUCAGCGCUCAGCCUGCUGGACAACGCCGAAAUAGCAGCGCGAGCCGACCAAGUGUGGGUGAUCGGAGGCAGCUCAGUUUACAAGGAAGUGAUGGAGAGCCCGAGCAGGCAACGCCUGUUUGUGACCCGGAUCCUGCAGCAGUUUGACUGCGACACAUUUCUGCCCCGGAUCAGUCCAGAAAAGUUCCGGCUCUUGUCCGAGUUUCCAGACGUACCAAAGGCAAUGCAGGAGGAAGACGGGAUUCAGUACAAAUAUGAAGUGUAUGAAAGUGUGGAAAUAUGAUCUUAAAUUUAAGAUCAGUCUCUACCUCGAACGCAUUGACACACACUGAUGCAUACGUGCGUUUAAGCACAAACGCACUGCCUAGACUUUCUUUGAUCUUCAAGACACUGGAAUAGAAUGGCCUCAGCAUUCCGCUGUUGGAGAAAAUCUUGUCCAUUCUCCCUGUUGUGUUAAGUCCAUUUCUAAAAGA